AUGUCGAGAACCGUGUCUACCGGGUCUACCAAGUCGAGACCAGCUGCGAUAUCGACUCGUUCCUUCACUCGAUACGAGCCGGAAAGUACGUCACCCUCCCUUGGACGAAGCAGAGCCAGCACAAUUCAAUCCGUCACCCCUUCGACAUCCCCACAGAAAAUGAGUACUGAUAAGGAGGAUGUAUUCGAGAAAACGAUCCAUGAAGAGAAUGAACCCGCUUCACCAGAUUUGGGCCGGUCCCCGCCUCUACCAGACCGGCUUGACGAGCUUCCAGUCGAACUGGCCAGCUUUUCCGACCGAUUUGUAGACUCUUUAAGUGCCAAAGUAUACAAUGAGCCACCUUCAAUUGACCAACUAUCCGAGCUCUUUCAGGAAUUCUAUGCCAGGGCCUCGGCAGCCAUUUCAAUACACAUCUCUGCCCUCAAGUCGCGGCUCAAUCGGGAUCAAGCACCGUCCCCCUCGAAGGCCCCCCUGAGAUCGAAGACCUUACAGAGUGCAUCCUCCAGCGAUUCGCUAGCACCUCCAGACAAGGCAGGAAGUUUCCAACAGAUGCUGACGCCUUCAGAGGUGACUGAGCGUCGGAGACAGAGAAAGCUGCUAGAACACAAGAGAAUAUUGCUGGAAGAGGCAGUGGAAAAGAGAGUCUGCGAGAGAAUAUACGACAAGAUUUGGAGGCAUAAAAGCACGCUGGACGAGGUGAGAGAUGAGAAACUGCGGUCGAAGACGGCUGCAUUAUCACUCGUCGGCAUCGGGUUGAAAGAUCUAGGCAUUGAAUGGAGUUCAGACACCGAAAAGACGCCGGAGGAUGUUCAAGCGUCUCUUAUACCAGCAAGAGAAGGUCUUGCAAGAAUGAACGAGGAGCACUAUCCUCUGGGAAAAUUGCAACAUCUGACUGCAGCCCAUAAGGCUAUUGUCGACACUCUUUCUUCCAUUCACACCUCCUCCUCCUCUGCCGACGAGAUCCUGCCUACCUUGAUCUAUACGUUGAUCACGUCUCCGAUGGAGGGAAUCAAUAUCAUCAGCAAUCUUUACUUUAUCCAGCGGUUCCGGGGGGCGGCCAAAAUCGACGGUGAAGCGGCGUACUGUUUGACGAACUUGGAGGCUGCAAUCAGUUUUCUCGAAACCGUCGAUCUGGCGAGUCUCAGAGCCGACGAGCUCCCGGAAGGUCCUAGAAAGGCCUCAUCGCUGGCCGAAACGGAGAGUACAGACAAGCUGGAAGCCUUUCCUCCCCUUCCCGGUACAGCACCGACACCAUCCACGCCAACAACGGCCACCUCAGUGUCCAAUGCAACUGGCACCAGUGCAGAGUUCAGUCCGGCGACAUCCACUCUGAAUGCACUUCCCGAAAAGUCGACUUCUGUUCCAGCAACUCGUCAACGCACAUUUUCCGACCUCCUGCAGCCCAUCAGCAGCGCGAACGAGGCGAUGCGUUCCACAGCCGAGGAAGGUUUCAAGAACAUUUCAAGUACGCUGGACAACAGUUUCAAGUUCCUGCUCGGCAAGUUAAACGAGCGCGGCACUGUGGACUCCAACGUGGAAGUUGUUGUGCCCAAGACGCUGGACGAGGCCAGACAAUUGGUCAGUCGACCUCUAACACCAGACGAGGAUGACCACGCCCUUAGCGAAUCGAGCUCUUUCCUGGAUGGCCAUCAUACGCCGGUGCCUUCGAAUCUCACCAAGACAGAAGACAAGAUACUCAGCCUCCUCGGAGGACGCAAGACGGCAGUGCGUGAACGGAGUGUGGAUAGUGUCAAAAGCAAUGGAAGUGGGAAAAAGGUGGCCUUCGUGGCGGGUAACACGUACUCGACUUCGCCGCCAACGGGAGCUGCUUCAGUAUCCGCCUCAAACCCGCCAACAAAGCCCCCGCCACCUGCCUCUCAGGCAGCGAGCAGCAAUCCGCUCGAGUCAGUGAAGAAUUUCGGGACCAGCUUAAACCCGAUGAACCAUAUUGGUUCUGCACUUGGUGGUGCAUUUGGACGCUUUGGAAGCAGAGCGACCGCGUCCGUCUCUCCUCCGGCAAGCACGCCGCCUACUCCGACAACCUUGGUCGGUGCGGACACCAAGCCUGCCGCAGUGGAGAGUGAUGAUAAGAAGAGCGAUCCGGAUGGCAAUGAGGCCAAGAACGUUCCUCUCCGAAGCCCGGACAAGGCCGAGUUGUCCAGCAUCAAAGCGGCUCCGCCGGUAUCACGCUUCAUGAAACUCACAGACGCAAACGACCUGAAGGUCGGUGAAGUCAACGAUCUACUCCUGGACUAUCAGCGUCUGGCAAGGGUUCUUGGCAUGCUUGUCCAGCGUGCAGGAGCCGAGAUCGAGGAGGCUGAAGGCGACGCUGUGGGUUCUGCUGCAGGAACUGAUGGGGAGAAGACCUGA